CUGCUGCUGUUCAUUUGUUGUUUCCCAGCUGAUUUGUGGGUGAAAUUUACCACACAACGUUUUCAAAAUGGCGAUGCAAAGAAAGACAAACGUGAGGCUGCCCCCAGAAGUCAACAGGAUUCUCUAUGUGAGAAAUCUACCAUACAAAAUUACUGCAGAGGAAAUGUAUGACAUCUUUGGAAAAUAUGGUGCGAUUCGGCAGAUUAGAGUAGGCACAACACCAGAAACAAAAGGAACAGCAUUUGUGGUAUACGAAGACAUAUUUGAUGCCAAAAAUGCUUGUGAUCAUCUCUCUGGAUUCAACGUGUGCAAUAGAUAUCUCGUUGUCUUAUACUACCAACCAAAAAAGGCUUUCAAGAAGAUGGAUCAGGAUAAAAAGAAGGAAGAGUUGGAUAAAAUGAAGACGAAAUUUGGAGUUAGCACAGAUGAGAAGUAACCUGAAUAAUGAUAACUACUAUAUAGGGGUAAAAAAUAUGAGAUAAAAUGUAUGAUAGUCUGACAUUACAAAUAUAGGUUCAAAAUAUUUACCAGGUUUCAUUACACUAUUGAAACUAUAGCGUACAUAUUCUUAGCCCAUAUACGUGAUGUGGAAAAACAGGUAACAUAACUAGAAUCUGAGCUUGGCUAAAGUUUAGCAGAAAUGUGUAUUUGUUUGUCACAAAUUUUUCAAUAUGUGUAGAAAAUAUGGUAUGAUAGAUAUCUGGACUGCAGAUUAAAUGAUAUGAAGUUUCAAUGCAUUCCAAAGAUUCCAAAUCGAGGAUCUAUCGAGUCCUUUGUUAUAGUUCCAGCGUAUUUUUUUUGGAAUUCUGCCAAGCAUUAUAAUUUCAAAGUAAUAUGACUUGACAAAAUUAUGUUACAAACUCCUGUUCACAUCAUGCACUGGUCAGUCCAUCUCUCUCCAUCAUUCUUCAUCUCUCUCUCUCUCGCUCUCGCUCUCCGUCGAUCUUCGUUUCUCCUACUCUUGCUGUUGUUCCCAUCUCUGUCUCUCUUCCUUCGUCUCUCUUGCUCUCUUGUCUGCUCUCCGUUUCGCUCUCACCAGUUUUCUUGCCAGCGGUGUACCCAGCGACUCUUGUGUCUUAUGGCCCGUAGAUCGGCAUAGUGGAGUAUCUUACGUUGCGUCUGCAAAGGAAUACCCCGGUUUUGGACUGUCACUGGCUCCAAAAUGUAACGUUGACGUACGCUUGAUAUGUAUGAAUAAAGAAGGAAUCCAACCUUGUGUAUUAAACUGCUUAAACAUUAAUAUCUGACACACAGUGUAGUCACAUCUUGCACAGAGAGACAAAGAAACGCGCACACGCGCGUAAACGCGUGUGCUUACUCCCGCGACCACAACCAGACUCCCGACUCCUAUAUCUCUCUUCUAUCUCCUCCUCAAUCUCUUCUAACCGCCUAUAUAUUACCGCCAAAACCCAUACAUCCUGAGCGCACAUGUCACCCGUUCUCCCAGACUGCGUCCUACCUCCAUUUCACAAUAACCCUAGAAACGCCCGAUCUAAAACACGUUUAUCAUUCUCCGUAUAACAUCAUUCUAGCCGCACAAGAUGCGCGACGCUCUGUCUACAUAGACUACUACUAAAUCAACCCCCAGCCUAGCCUCGCUGACUAAUUCAUGCAACAUUUGUAAAACAUGUUACAUUAUCAUCAAACAUGUCAAAGAACAGAUACUGUAAAUAUUCAUCUUUUCCACUGUAAAUAGUAAUUGUAAAAGAAUGUUUUGUGUAGUUUAUUGCUAUUAGCCUACAUUGACAACUUGUUGAUGUAUUGUAUGCUCGUUUAUCAUGUCAUAUGUAAAAUCAAGCACCAGCCAGGCUAUCCAAGUUGUACUAAUUUUGCAACUGUAUUCAUAUUGCACAAUGUACAUUUAAUAAAAAUGUAGAAUCUGUUGCAAACUA